GAACGAUGGCGAAGGUCGCAGCACUGCUGCUGCUGGUGCUCGUGGGCGCGACGGCGACGGCGCCGACGACCAAGUGCUUUCCCGACGGCUUCUUCCUCGGCACGGCCACGGCCGCGUACCAGGUCGAAGGCGGCGUCAACGAGACCGGGCGAACGUCGAGCAUCUGGGACGACUUUUGCCGCAGCCGCGACGACCUCCAAUGCGCCAACGUCGCCGACGACAUGCUCCAUCGGUACGAGUCGGACAUCAAGAUCAUGCAAGACAUGGGCCUCACGUCGUUCCGGCUCUCGAUCUCGUGGUCGCGCGUCAUGACGUGGAGCCCCGCGACUAAGCGCAUGGUCCGCAACAAUGAUGGCAUUGCGUUCUACCAUCGUCUCCUGGAUGCUGUCAUCCGCGCCAAGAUGGCACCGAUCGUGACUUUGUACCACUGGGACCUGCCGUCGGCGCUCUAUGUGGGCAGCGGUGGCUGGCUCAGCCGCGACAUCGUGCCGCACUUCAAGGAGUAUGCGAACCUCAUGUUUGACGAGUUUGGCCACAAGGUGCCCAUCUGGACGACCUUUAACGAGCCGUGGUCCUUCUGCGUUGGUGGGUACGGCGAAGGCUACCACGCGCCGGGGCUCAGCCACUCGGACACAGCGUCGUACCUUGCGGCCCACCACGUCUUGCUCGCGCACGCCGCUGUUGUCCGGCUCUUCCACUCGCGCCGCCACCAGUUUUACCCAAGUGCGCAGAUUGGCAUCGUACUCAACUCGGACAUGCCGUUCCCACUCGACCCGAACUCACCGGAGGACGUCGCGACGUCGGAGCGCAAGCUCCAGUUCUCGCUCGGCUGGUUCCUCUCGCCGAUCGUCUAUGGCGAUUACCCCGACGUCAUGAAGGCGUACGCUGGCGACCACCUUCCCGUCUUCUCGGACGACGAAAAGGCGCAUCUUCAAGGCACGUACGACGUCUUUAUGGUCAACUACUACUCGUCCAGCGUCGUCACCGACUGCAACUCGACACGCUCGACCGUGACGUGCGACUCGCUCAAGCAAGGGUGGCAGCGCGACGCUGGCGUCGACAACGCCCGCGCGCCACCGGGCGCUCGACCGGGCAGUGUCAAUGCCCAAGGCGACCCGCUCUGCGGCUGGUUCUCAGGCUACCCGGACGGAUACCUGCCGCUCACGCGCUGGGUGCACGCACACAACACGUCGACGCCGAUCUUGCUCACCGAGAACGGUUGGUGCGGCAAUGCCACCAUCGACAACCAAGACCAGCUGUGGUAUUUCCAGACGCAUCUGGACCGCGUCUGGCAAGGGCUGCAAGAAGGCCUGCCGCUCAUCGGGUAUACAGCGUGGUCGUUCCUCGACAACUACGAGUGGGGCUCGUUUGAGCCGCGCUUUGGGCUCUUCUACGUCAACUACACGACCCAGACGGGCGGCAAGGAGAGCUACGACCCGGUGCCCAGUGACCUGGCGCGGAUACCGCGUCCGGCUGCCACGUGGUUUGCCAACGUUGCGCAGACCCGGUGCUUGAUGCCGGAUGCCACGACACGGCUCGAUGCACAGCCGACCCAGGGCGUCCCCUCGUGGCUUCAGGGCGUCAUCUACCUUGGGUACACGGCGCCCAUGGCGAUCGCCUUCGUGGCGAUGCUGGCGUUCCACGGUCAUUUGCCCCGCGUGUCGGCAGCGGUCGCCAAAGAAACCACGCCGCUCCUCCGCACCGCCUAGUCGAUGAGUCCGAGUAGAGACGAGAGAGUGUACUAACGAGGCUGCUAUUCGACUAACAAGGAAGCUGGCGCUACAGCCGA